AUGGGAAGAUCAAUAGCAAUCUCUCUAGUUGUAGUACUAGUGUGUCUCAUCUUAGCAUCAGAAACAGCAGCAAAGAAACGAAAAUCUCCCCCACCACCUAAACAAUCUCCAACGCUUUAUCACUCCCCUCCUCCACCAAGAGCUGUGGAAUAUCCUCCGCCACCACCUCCUAUUUAUUCUCCCCCACCUCCACCUCCUCCACCUCCUCCUCCUCCUCCUCCUCCUCCCAUGCACUCAUUGCCACCACCAUUUCAUUAUCACUCACCGCGCCAUCCGGUUCAUGCCCCACCACCACCUAAGCACCAUUCUCAUCACUACAAGUACAAGUCUCCGCCACCACCUGCACAUUAUCCCGCACCAAAAUAUCACUACAAGUACAAGUCUCCGCCACCACCACCACCAGCCACGCAUCAUUAUUACUUUAAUUCACCUCCCCCUCACCACUACUAA